CUCCUGUUAGUAAAGUAAUUGUUCGAAGUGUGAUAGUGUGGACUUUUUUUGAAGUGGAGUGGCAACUAAAAUGUACAUUUUCUUCGCAUGGUUAUCGUCAGAAAAAUGAUCUUUUACAUCAAAUCAAGUAGACGCAUUAAGAGAAUCGUUGAUCGUUGUAGUGGAAGCUGACAGUACUCGGAGUGUGGUGGUAGUGAAAAUUUUGGUGCAAUGAAGUCGUUAAUCUCCGUUUUCAUCCUGCUGGUUGUUUGUGUUUUCGUCGUGGUGGUGCGGCGGGAUUUAGUUUUCGGUAUUGAUAAGGAGUCCGCUAUCGGCGCUUCGCUUGCGGGCCAAGCGAAGAGUUUGGAGGACAAUCUCAGGAGGUACAGGCGGUACAUAAUUUUGGCCAGGCCCCACAACGGUUCCAUAGAAUGUGGCAGUUCGUCGGAAGACUUCCCGAAUUUUCUCACCGAGCAGGAGGUGGAGAAGGGCGCCAUUAUUUUGGUGUUCUUCAUCGGGAUUUACUGUUUCACUCUACUGGCUAUUAUCUGCGAUCAUUAUUUUCUGCCUUGUGUGGAGAAGAUAUGCGAAGCUCUUAAUUUAUCUCAUGACGUCGCCGCCGCCACCUUCAUGUCCGUCGCAACAUCAGCACCUGAACUAUUCGUCAACAUAAUUGGGACAUUCAUAACGCAAUCCGACAUCGGCAUCGGCACCGUCGUCGGCUCGUCCCUCUUCAACACGCUGGGGGUGGCGUCGCUCGGGGGCCUAGCGGCGUCCGCUCCUGUGCAGCUGCACUGGUGGCCGGUAACAAGAGACGUCAUCAUCUACAUCUUCUCCGUGCUGCUACUGGUGGGGAUCACGUGGGAUGGGGUGAUUUAUUGGUACGAGGGUCUAGUUUUGUUCAUCGUGUAUUUCGUGUAUUUUACUGUGAUGUUCCAAAAUGCCAGGAUUUCGAAGUUAGUGCAUAAGUUUGUAAAGAAGGUUAGGAAGGUUAACAAAGUCGACGAUUGUGAGAAAGGGUCUACGACUGCUACGACUACGCCUACGACUACUGUAGCUGUGAUUUCUUCCUACGGGUCUUACGUGGAGGAACCCAUUACGAAGUAUACGGAGACGAAGAGCUUCAGCGAGAGCCAGGAUGAAGAGGAAAUAUCGAUUUUCCGGAAACCCAAGGGUUCGAUUUGGAAGCGCAUCCUGUUUGUCUAUACCUGGCCGGCUAAAUUUCUUCUGUUUUGUACGGUGCCCGACCCACAGCGCUACCCUAAACUGUUCCCGGUUACCUUCAUUAUGUGCAUUUUCUGGAUCGGUUCAAACUCCUAUGUGGUGUCCUGGAUGAUCGCCAUCAUAGGCAAUAUGUUCAAAAUCCCGGACGCUGUGCUGGGGUUGACGUUCCUGGCAGCCGGAGGGUGUCUCCCGGAAGCCAUUUCUAUUACCAUCAUGUCACGUAGAGGCGAAGGCUCGAUGGGCGUAUCAAAUUCCUUGGGAGCCAACACCAUGAACAUCCUCCUAUCCUUAGGCAUGCCGUGGUUCCUCAAGACCAUAGUCAUGGGAACCGGAGACAGUUCCUUCAUAAGGAUCAACUCGGGCUCCAUAGAGUACACCAUAUCGGCGCUAGUUCCGGUGGCCAUCACUCUAUACCUUACUCUCUUCUUUAACAAGUUCAAGCUGUGUAGACGCGUAGGGAUUAUUCUUCUUUCAGUGUACUCACUGUGUAUUAUUUUGGCCAUAUUGGCCGAGAUGGUGUUUUUCGAGUCGCAGCCUUGCGUUGACGCGUAAAGACGUGCUAAGUGCUACGCCCAAGUGCCAUUGUACAUAGGUAGUUCUAGAUAUGUUCUAGAUAUAGGUUUUAAUUUAUGACUUAUUGUUAUUUAUUUGAGAGGCGACGCUGUUCAUUAAAGGAUUAAAGACACUGUGUGUUUUCAGAUUAUUUUUGAUUCAGGCAAAGAGUGUGGAAGAGACAAUUCUUAGAAACUUAAUUUUUCAUUAGUAAUAAUAAUAAUAAUAAUUUUUCGGUUCUACCAUACGCUUACACAGAAAAUUACGCUUGCUGUCACAUGACGUCCAAGCGUAGCAUUAUCAAAAUGGAGAACAAAUUUACAAAAUUGCUUCACAGACAUAAACAAACUCGAAUAUUUAAAUUUAAUGCCACAUUCACACUGUAAUUCCGGUAAUAAAAAUAAAUGCUAAUUGUGGAACCCACACGAAUGCCACACUUUAUCUCCCUGUAUUUUUCCUCCAUAUCAGGUAUCCGCGUACAAGCGCCAUCAACACAGUUCCACCGAGAAAAACAAACCUGUGUCAAGCUAUUGUUCUGAAAACACACGACAUUAACGCCUCCCAAAUCAUAUUGACCUUUGGCUUCUUCCAGCGGAAAAUAGCCUGUACGAAAAAUGAACUCCAAGACCUUGAACCUCUCAAAUAAACCCCAUGCUUCAUUUAUACUUUCGACUUGUUGAUUCGUGCAAUAAAUUUUUAUACACA